UCGAUAACAACGACCAAAGUCCUACGGUCUUCAGUUACCUGUGAAGAAAAGUUUUCAGAGCGUCAGCUCUUUCAAGUUUUGUCAUGCUUUCAGCAAGUGCACUUGUCGCGAGAGGAUUUAACCGUACCCUUGCUACAGUUUCUCUUCGAAGAGCUCUCUGUGUGGAGAGCAUUCGGUCGAGUAGUGAGGCUCAAAACAAACAGUCUCAAUAUCGACCCAACUUUCACAAUACUCGUAGCUUUUCGCUAUCUGCAGCCUCAGCACAGCUGGACUCUCCGAAACUACAAGAUGAGUUGGAGCUAGAUCCAUAUAAACUGAGAGAUGAAUGGGGAAAAGCAUCGUUUGAUGUGUCGCAAAUGACAUUCCUUCUGGAUCACGACAACCAAGAGAAAAGAGCGAAGUUUCGUAAAAUUCUCUCAGAAGAUCCGCUGAUGACCCCAAAAUACAACAUUUCUAUCGACGAAGAGAGGGAAUUGGCCCUGAAAAGACUGAAGAAACUCUGUGAUCAAGGAUUUAUAUCUGUGCUCGACUUCAGGAACAACCCUCUGUGGAUCUUCGCAGCCCACGAGCUGGCCGCCGUAGUGGAUGCUGCAAUGACUACCAAAAUGACGGUCCAGUUUAACUUGUUUGGUGGUACUGUGUUGAAGUUGGGGACAGAGAGACACCAUGACAAGCUGUUAAAGGGUAUUGACACACUGGAGGAUGUGGGCUGCUUUGGUCUGACAGAACUUGGCUAUGGAAACAAUGCAGUACAGAUGGAAACAACAGCCACCUAUGACAAGGAGACUGAGGAGUUCAUUGUCAACACACCAACUCCUUUGGCACAGAAAUAUUGGAUCACCAAUGGUGCUUGUCAUGCCCAUCAUGUUGUUGUCUUCUCACAACUGUACAUUGAUGGUGUUAAUCAAGGUAUCCAUGGUGUACUGGUUCCCAUUAGGGAUAAGGACCUGAAUGUGAUGCCUGGAGUUCAGAUUCAUGACAUGGGACAUAAAAUGGGUCUGAAUGGAGUGGACAAUGCUAAGUUCUACUUUGACAAUGUCCGUGUACCCAGAGAAAACCUGCUCAACUUGUCCUCUGAUGUUGCAGAGGAUGGAACGUACACAACAAAAAUAAAAGGCAGCAUCCGAAAUCGUUUUCUGGCUGUGGCAGACCAACUUCUCUCUGGGCGUUUAUGUAUAGCAAGCAUGGCCCAAGGUGCUUCAAAAGCUUGUCUUGCCAUUGCUCUUCGCUACUCAGCAACUCGUCUGACAGUGGGUCCGGAAGGCAAAUCUGACACACCUAUUCUCAAGUAUCAGCUCCAACAGAAUGCUCUGAUGCCUCUACUGGCUAUCACUUAUGCCAUUGAUUUUGCAUUGCAUUACAUCAAGGAUUGCUGGGCCUCCCAGGCUACAGAUGGAUCUGACCAUGCAGAUGUAGUGACCAUGUGCUGUGUUAUCAAGGCCAUUGCUGGUUGGCAUGUAUCUGAAACAGGUGGCACUUGCCGCGAGAGGUGUGGAGGACAAGGCUAUCUGUCCUGCAAUAAAUUUGGCAUUGAUUUGGCCCUGUCACAUGCUUGUAUGACAGCUGAAGGUGACAACUCGGUCUUAAUGCAGAAGGUUGCCACUGAAAGGUUGAUGGUUUUUAAACCAGUGAAAGAUCAAGGUACAGCAAGUGAUGGUGCUGACCUGAGUGACCGCACUUACCUUCAGGCCCUGUUGAAGUCUCGUGAGAACAGACUGUUCACAUCUCUGGGGAAGAAGAUGAUGAAGGCUGGGAAGGAAGGAAGGUUUGACACCUGGAUGUUCCAGGAACAGGAUCUUGUCCAAGCUGCUGCACGUUCGUAUGGUGAACGGCUCAUCAGUGAAUGUUUUGGUGUAGCUCUUGAUAAAGCUGACCCUGGUCUGCAGCCAGUUCUAAAGAAACUUCAUCAUCUCUACCAGAUGACAGUCAUUAAGAGAGAUCUCGGCUAUUUUGCCACGUCGGGGCUGAUGUCUGCGGAAACUGGGGCAGAAGUGGGGAAGGUGACCGCUGACCUGUGUCGUGAAGUAGCACCACAGGCUCUUGCGUUGUGCGAUGCUUUUGGAUUCACUGAUGAAAUGCUCAAUGCCCCGAUCGCUAGGGAUUGGGUCAGAUACAACGCAAUCGAUAAUGAAGGAGAAGUUGAAGGAGUAGAAUAUUGAUUUUGCUCUGCAUAAUUUUUUUGACAAUCACGACUAUUGUGAAACGACUGUAUUAGUAAUCGCCAAAAGGUCACACUUGGCCAAUUAGUUCAACACUGAUAUAUAUGCGACACUGUCUAGCAAUAUUGGAUGAUGUGGGAUCUUAAAGAUUGAUAGCUUUCCUAGAGUGACGUAUUUGAAAUCCAUUUUAAUCCAUUGGGAUUUAUAUUACACAACCAUCGAAAUUGUAUCUCAAUUCAGAAUACUAGCAUGUUUGUCAGUCUUCUUAAUUUUGGUGAAUAUUCAAGGUUCACACCCAUCUUUUAUUUUAAUGUCGUUAAGAUUCCGUCUGGGUCUAUUUCGUUGAACGUUUUUAGUAGUUGUAGUGGUGAAGAGCAUACUUUAAGUCAUGUUUAUUUUAUCCGGACUUGAUGAGAUCAGGGAAAGGAAGAAGAAAAAAGACAAACAUACAUACACCUACUUGCUAACCACAUUUCAUUUUUAUGUGAGUCUUGGAGUUACAAUUUUUCCUUGAGAAGUAAGAAGCCGAAAGAAGAAGAAAAAAAAGAAUGGUAAAGAUUAAUAGCGUUAAUUCAUUGAAAUAAUGAAAUUUUGUUGUUUCUGGUCAACGACGCAAGUUUCAUCCCCUAAUGUGUAUGCUUCGUUCGUAGACAGCAAUAAAGAUUGUGCAAAAUA